CGAAGCAACCUGGAGGCAAUUUCUGUUGCAGAUGCAAGUAGCAAGUGACAUGAUCUCAAGCAACUUUGCUGAUACACGAAGCAACUUAAACGCGAUUGAAAUUGACUCACGAAGCAACCCAGAUGCAACUCUGUUGCCAGCAACAAAAAUUGCAUUACAGGUUGUUUCGUGUGACAUCGACUUUAACUUCAGACAGUAUUUAGAUAACAGUGAAUGAAUAGCAGCCUUGUAGACCAAUCAGAUUAUAUCUCUACACAUGAGAAACAUUACAACAUCCUGUAUUCCGAGGCCAACAAAGUGAAAGUGACGUGGAGGAAACGGGUAGAGAGGAAUCGGAGCAGUCACUUGCAUGUUGUACCUGUGUGACCAGGCUGAAAUGACAGUGCGCUGUGUUGGUGUCCCGUUGCACCUGUGGCUGAGUAGACUAUAUAAGCAGCGCAAUGCAAACCGGUUGUAUAAAUCAGUGUGUGCCGCUGUCUACCCCUGCAGAAUUGGUUGAAGAGCGAGAUUGGCUGCUGCAGAUCGUGACAUUUUGCUCCUUUUGGAUUAUUUGAUCAAGCAAAACAUAUUUUUAGCAAUAAUGGGUGUUAUGGUUUCGCAACUCUUCUCUCGUUUCUUCGAGAAGAAACAGAUGAGAAUUCUGAUGGUUGGGUUAGAUGCUGCAGGGAAGACCACAGUCCUGUACAAACUAAAACUUGGAGAAGUUGUCACUACUAUCCCCACUAUUGGGUUCAAUGUGGAGACGGUUGAGUACAAGAACAUCAGCUUCACGGUGUGGGAUGUAGGUGGUCAGCACGUCAUCAGACCUCUGUGGAAGCAUUACUACCAGAACACUCAGGGUCUUAUAUUUGUGGUAGACAGCAACGAUCCUGAGAGGAUAAAUGAUGCUACAGAGGAACUACAGAACAUGCUUGAAGAGGACCAGCUGAGAGAUGUAGUUCUGCUGGUGUUCGCCAACAAACAGGACCUUCCCAACGCCAUGUCUGUCAGUGACAUCACAAAUAAACUGGGACUGAGAAAACUUCAACUGAGUACUCCUUGGUUUGUCCAGGCUACCUGUGCGACCAUGGGUUCAGGUCUGUUGGAGGGACUGGACUGGUUGGCUGACCAGCUUUCCAAACGCUAACUAGCUGAGUUGGCUCCGGGGUGAAGUUUCCCCUAGGUACAGAUCUAGGAUCAGCUUCCCCUCCCCCAAUCCUAACCUUAACCAUUAGUGGGGGAAAUUUAAAACUGACCAGAUCAGUGUCUAGGGUCAACUUCACCCUAUAACAGCUGAGCUGAGGCCUCCUUAAGAAUGACCAAGACACAACGUUUACUGAAGGACAACCAUACAUUCAGAACAAAAGUUAGAAGUGCCUUUCUGAAAAGUUUCCAUUUGUUUUUAUUUUUUUCUAAUGCACUCUAAUGUAUUGCAUAGAUUGUAACAUGGAAAGUUAUAAAUGUUUUAUAUUUCAAUUAUUUUAUCACUGAAUGAAUGUAAGCAGAUUCUUUAUCAAUCCCCCUGUAUUUAUUUCCUGACUUCCGAUACCUCACUACCUCUAAUAAAAUCAUGGUUUGUAAAUGUAUCUGCAGUCAUUUUCUUUGUGCGUGUGGUCACUCUGCAGAUGGAAGUGGAACAAUUCAGAAACAACAAAUACAAGACAAUUAUUUCAGUAACUUGUGAUGGAGAGCAAGACUAAAGGUCAUCGGGGACAUAUUUUUUGGAAACAUAUUAACGAUGCAAUAUCGACAUCUAGUGGUAGGAUUUCACAAUUGCAUGGAGAAUGUCUGACAGCGACCCUUGAUUAAAUAAACAGUAUGAUGUAUAAAAACAUUUAAACUACAGUAUAUAGCUUAUUUUCCAAUAAACAGCAUUGUGCUGAGAUAUCGAUCUCCCACUGGGCACACACUGGUUGAAUCAACGUUGUUUCCACAUAAUUUCAAUGAAAUUAUGCUGAACCAACGUGGAAUAGACGUUGAAUUGACGUCUGUGCACAGUGGGCUUCAAUUUCCCUAAGGGAGAUGUAAAUUAGGACUAACCGAGGAUUAACCUUUACAGUGUGGGAGAAUAAUCGCUCAGUCUCAUUUGUCAUUUUGGGGCCAAUAAAGGAAAUCAUGCUUCUAAUCGACAGUAUUUAAUACUGUUUUCCUAAAACGAAACAGACAUGGCCUCACCAGUGUUGUUUUGGUAAUUAUUAACUAGAAGGCCUACUACGUACAGUGCAUUCGGAAAGUAUUCAUUCAUUUUGUUACUUUACAGCCUU